CGGCGUAUGACGUCACAUCCUCCCUCGAAGCAUAAAAUUGCUGGCCAUCGCAACAGUAAUCGGAUCAUCGUCCCAAACUACAUUCGAAAAAGCCAGAUCGAAUACCCGCAAGCUACAUCCAAAGUUCAUCGAACACUUCCAACGUCAAACACCUCCAAAACCUACCGCCUCAUACAAACGUCCAUCAUGCCGGUCGGUCAGCAAGAAUCCGGCGUCACCUCCGGCGUCAAGUUCGUCACUUCGACCGUUGGCAACACCGUUGGCGGACUUACGAAUACCGUUGGCGGCGUUGUAGGAGCACUGGGCCGCGGCGUUGGAGAGACAGUCGAGGGCGCAACCGGAAGUGCUGGAAGGCCCGUUGCCCGAGGCAUCUCAGACGCGACGACAAGUGUCGAGGACGGUGCCAACAAGAUCGCAGGCGGCGUGAAGAGGGCUGGCGAGGGAAAGUAAAUCUUGAGACAAGACGAUUG